CGACCUGCCUGACAAAAAAAGAAAAGGUCUGACAAAUAAAUAUUUAAAGUAAAAAUAAAAUUAGAAAGAUUUUAACAUCCUAAAGUUUAUCAUGUCACCAUCUGUUUAAAUAUCACCACAUCUAUUUUAAUCAUAGACCAUUCAAAUCCAUUAAAACAGUUUUUGAUAGGUAUAGGUCUUGCCUGUCCGAAGUGAGGAUGCUUCUGCUCAUGUAUUGUUCCUGUAACAGAAGCUCACUUAAGGGAUGAUGAGAAAGGAAUUCCUCCCAGUGUCUUUUUAAAGAGUGAGUUGUGGUCCCCCGGCUGCUUGAGGAUACCUAUGAUUAAUCACUGCACUGCAUGGAGCUCCUAAUAUGGCCUCGUCAGGAGACCCCAUCGCUGAUAACACUCUGACCUGCUGAUUUCUAUAUUGCUCUCCGCCACUCAUUAACCCCCUCCCCUCACGCACCCCCCGACCCCACGCAGACACAAUAACAUUCCUGGACCCUGAACGCUCCUCCAUAUUUGGCAGAGAGGCUUUGUUUAUAAGGGGAACUCAUGGUGAAACCCCCAACAGGUCACCAUUCUAUCUCAAGGACCAUUACACCUCAGUCUCCUUGGUAGGGAUUGGUAAGACAAGGUGAAAAAUGGGCGAUGCUGUCAUGAGAGAUUUCGGGGCAGCAGCCUCUUACCUGAGGAAGUCAGACAGGGAGCGUCUGGAGGCCCAGACCCGUCCCUUCGACAUGAAGAAGGAGUGCUUCGUUCCGGAUACGGAUGAGGAGUUCGUGAAGGCUUCUGUCACCAGCCGUGAGGGGGACAAAGUCACUGCUCAGACUGCAAAAGGGAAGACUGUCACAGUGAAGGAGUGCGAUGUCCACCCUCAGAACCCGCCGAAGUUUGAUAAAAUUGAAGACAUGGCGAUGCUCACCUUCCUCCAUGAGCCAGCUGUGCUGUUUAACCUCAAAGAGCGUUACGCAGCGUGGAUGAUCUAUACCUACUCUGGACUCUUCUGUGUGACUAUCAACCCCUACAAGGGGCUGCCAGUCUACAACCAAGAGGUGGUUGUUGCCUAUAGAGGAAAGAAGAGGACUGAAGCUCCUCCUCACAUCUUCUCCAUCUCUGACAAUGCAUACCAGUACAUGCUGACUGACAGAGAAAAUCAGUCAAUUCUCAUCACGGGAGAAUCUGGUGCUGGUAAAACUGUCAACACCAAGAAAGUCAUCCAGUACUUUGCCAGCAUCGCAGCUGCAGGCGGGAAGAAGGACGCAGGCUCUGACAAAAAGGGAACCCUGGAGGAUCAAAUCAUUCAGGCUAAUCCUGCUUUGGAGGCCUUUGGGAAUGCCAAGACCAUCAGGAAUGACAACUCUUCUAGAUUUGGCAAAUUCAUCCGAAUCCACUUUGCAGCCAGUGGAAAGCUGGCCUCAGCUGAUAUUGAGACAUAUCUGCUGGAAAAGUCCCGUGUCACCUUUCAGCUUAAGAAUGAGAGAGAUUACCACAUCUUCUAUCAGAUUCUGUCUCAGAAGAAACCUGAGCUGCUUGAGAUGCUGCUCAUCACCAACAACCCCUAUGACUACGCCUUCAUCUCCCAAGGAGAGACGACAGUAGCCUCCAUCAAUGACUCUGAGGAGCUGAUGGCCACUGAUGAUGCCUUUGACGUACUGGGCUUCACUCAAGAAGAGAAGAACGGCAUUUACAAGCUGACUGGUGCCAUCAUGCAUCACGGCAACAUGAAGUUCAAGAACAAGCAGCGUGAGGAGCAGGCAGAGGCUGAUGGCACUGAAGGUAUUGACAAAGUCGCAUAUCUGAUGUGCCUGAACUCUGCCGACCUCAUCAAAGGUCUCUGUCACCCACGAGUCAAAGUAGGAAAUGAGUGGGUCACCAAGGGACAAACUGUCCAGCAGGUGUACUAUGCUGUUGGCGCACUGUCUAAAUCAGUGUAUGAGAAGAUGUUUCUGUGGAUGGUGAUGAGGAUCAACCAAUCCCUGGACACCAGGCAGCCCCGCCAGUACUUCAUUGGUGUACUGGACAUUGCUGGAUUUGAGAUCUUUGAAGUGAGCUUCUUCUAUAUAAUAUAUAUUAUACAGGCAACUUUAUUUAAUCAACUCCAUCUUUUUCAAUUUAAUGCAGGUAACACAUAUACGAGUAUGAAAAUGACUACUUACUUAUAAAUACUUUUGUCACAUUUCAUUCCAGUUCAACACC